ACAAGGUCUAGUAAAUCCGAAAAGAAACUUUACUCGUAAACAACGUGAAAAAUAUUACGUUUUCAUUAACUGGCGGUGGAGUUAAUAAAUUAAAAAAAAAAAAAAAACAAAAUGAAUUUAAAAAUUCUUUUGACAACGUUAACUUUGUUAAUUGCAGGAGUUUUUAAUGUGAAUGCAAGUAGUCCAGCAGCUUUGUACAUUCGACAAAGAGCUGAAGAUGCACUUCAAGAACAAAUGAUUAAAUCAAGAUCAACGCAAAUGCUACGAUCAAGUAUUAGUUCAUGUCAUCCGUAUUAUUCUGAACUUUUGAACAAUAUUUUGGCCAAUUAUGAGCAAAAUCUUAAAAAGUGUGAGGAUAAUGAAAAUGAAAAGCUUGAAACACUGGCAAGUGAGGGUCAACAAUCGAGAGAUGCUACAACUGAGACUUUAAAUGAAGUUUGUGCAAAUCUUGAUGGAUGUAAAGCUGAAUCAGAGAAUUUGGAAUUUUUUGACUGUGUCAAUUCAUCGGGAGAUAAAAACACUCGCGGAGUAUGGAAGGCAUCUAAGGAUUCGUCAGAUACUGCUGCUCAUAUUAGAGAACAGAUUCAUGUUAUAAAAUACGAAAUAGGAAGAUGUAAUAGUGAUGCAGAACGAAAGUAUAUUGUGGAAACGGCCAAGGCUACUGAUGAUAUGAUGUCUUGUUAUGCAAAUGGAGGUGUUAUACCCACAGAUCCUCCAGCAACUGAUCCACCAGCAACUGAUCCUCCAGCAACAGAUCCUCCAGCAACUGAUCCUCCAGCAACUGAUCCACCAGCAACUGAUCCAACAGCAACUGAUCCACCAGCAACUGAUCCACCAGCAACUGAUCCUCCAGCAACUGAUCCUCCGGCAACAGAACCACCAGCAACUGAUCCACCAGCAACUGAUCCACCAGCAACUAAUCCACCAGCAACUGAUCCACCAGCAACUGAUCCACCAGCAACUGAUCCACCAGCAACUGAUCCACCAGCAACUGAUCCACCAGCAACUGAUCCACCAGCAACUGAUCCACCAGCAACUGAUCCUCCAGCAACAGAUCCUCCAGCAACUGAUCCUCCGGCAACAGAACCACCAGCAACUGAUCCACCAGCAACUGAUCCUCCAGCAACUGACCCACCAGCAACUGAUCCUCCAGCAACAGAUCCUCCAGCAACUGAUCCUCCAGCAACAGAUCCACCAGCAACAAAUCCACCAGAAACCGAUCCUCCGGCACCAUCAUCAAGCGAAUCAGACGAAAGGGAUCAAGUAGAAGAACUUGAAGAUAGUAAAGUACGUACAAGACUUGAAAACUUUAUGAAAAAUUGGGGAAGGCGUGUUUAAAAGUCACACAAAAUAUUGACUUUUGAAUACAACUGUGGUUAUUUAAUAAUAUCUUUUUUUAAUUUAAUAUUGGUUUUAAGCAUUAUAGUGAGAUUAAAACAUAAAAAUUAUUUUUAUACAAAACAAAAAAAUAA